GGCGCGCGGGCGCCGGCGAUGCGAGCACCUUGCGAGGAGGCGGCGACCGCUGUGGAAAGUGCAGGAGUAGGCGGAGAGGAGAAGAAGGAGGACUUGCCUCAGCAAGCAAAAGAAACACUGAACAAGGGAGAGGAAACCAACAAAGAUAAUUUUAGAAGCACUGAAUGCAGCAAAACAAGAACAAUGGAUCUCAAAUUCAACCACUCCAGGAAAUAUAUAUCUAUCACUGUCCCUCCCAAAACGCAGACAAUGUCACCACACAUUAAGUCAAUAGAUGACAUCGUAGUACUUGGCAUAAAUCUCAGCAGAUUUAACAAACUUACUCAGUUUUUCAUAUGUGUUGCUGGAGUUUUUGUAUUUUACCUAAUUUAUGGAUAUUUACAGGAAUUAAUAUUUUCAAUGGAGGGUUUUAAGUCCUAUGGCUGGUACCUUACUUUAGUACAGUUUGCAUUUUACUCCAUAUUUGGCCUAAUAGAACUUCAGCUUAUUCAGGACAAAAGGAGAAGAAUACCAGGAAAAACCUACAUGAUAAUAGCUUUUCUAACUGUGGGUACUAUGGGGUUAUCAAAUACUUCCUUGGGCUACCUGAAUUAUCCUACCCAAGUCAUCUUCAAGUGCUGCAAAUUGAUUCCUGUUAUGCUAGGAGGAGUUUUUAUUCAAGGGAAGCGUUAUAACAUUGCAGAUGUGUCAGCUGCAGUAUGUAUGAGCCUUGGUCUGAUAUGGUUCACCCUAGCUGACAGCACGAUUGCACCAAAUUUCAACCUGACAGGUGUGAUCCUUAUUUCCCUGGCACUGUGUGCAGAUGCUGUCAUUGGAAAUGUUCAAGAGAAAGCUAUGAAACUGCAUAAUGCUUCUAAUUCAGAAAUGGUUUUAUAUUCGUAUUCAAUCGGUUUUGUGUACAUUUUAUUGGGAUUGACAUGCACUAGUGGAUUAGGCCCUGCAGUAACAUUUUGUUCAAAGAAUCCAAUCCAGACUUACGGUUAUGCUUUCCUUUUUUCCCUCACUGGGUAUUUUGGAAUCUCCUUUGUUCUGGCUCUGAUUAAAAUUUUCGGUGCACUUCUUGCUGUAACAGUGACAACGGGAAGAAAAGCCAUGACCAUCGUACUUUCAUUUAUGUUCUUUGCUAAACCAUUCACGUUUCAGUACGUGUGGUCUGGUUUGUUAGUUGUCCUUGGUAUAUUUCUCAAUGUUUACAGCAAAAAUAUGGAUAAAAUAAGACUACCAUCACUAUAUGAUCUGAUAAACAAAACAGUGGAAAUGAGAAAGUCAACGACGUUGGCACAAACUGUAUAGGCAGUGAUUCAUCCUGCUUAAAAUAGAAUUCUAAGGGAACAAUCAUCAAAUAGUUAAUUUUCCAAAGGGAUUAUUAUAAAAACCAAAGGAUCUGAAAGGCAUGCUAUCCAUUUGUGGAUGGGUCACCUAUGAAGUCAGCCUCUUCCGCAGAUCACUUGUUUAACUGUUUGACUUCUGAAGCAAUUAAGAGAGCCACAUCUGCCACACCUUAGAAUACACUGUCAGUAAAGGACUAAUUCUUAGCAGUCUGUUGAGAAUUUCACUGGAAAAUGGACCAUGUUGCAAAACUAAUUGGAUAUCAUUACGACUUUUCAAAGAAAUUGAUAUAAUAAUAUCAAUUAAUCGAUUGGUCUUCAUUCAUUUUGGUGGUGUUAUUUAAAUGAUUCUCUGUUAUAAGAGUGAACAUAUGAUUUAAAGUCUAGAAAGAAUAACUUCAUUAUAAAUAAAAAUUAUUCUGUGAUUUUU